CAGUACAUGAAGAUUCAUACCACUGCAGCAAUCCAAAAAAAUUAAGAUACAACUAGAUCUAGAGCCUGCAAAAAUGUAAACAUAUAGGUUCAUACUUCUUGGGGUCGAUUGCUCCUGGGUGGUCCAUUUUGGACCAGUCCCCGAAGCAAAGCCCUUAAGGUAGCAUUUUGCUCUCUGUUUUAAGGGAAAUACCAAAGGAAGGAGGUGAAAUCAGAUGUAGUGGGCGACGCUGGAAUGUGGCCAGUGAGUCCGCCGGGAACCGCCUCUCAAAUCUCAUGUUCUGCCUCUCCUCCAGAAUGGGUCACCCCUCCAACCCUAGAAUUUCUCUCCCUUUUUCUUUGGUGUAUCCCCUCCCUCUUUCCUUUUUUUUGUUUUUUUUGUUACCAUCUUCUUUCUUUUUUUCUGCCAUCCGUCCGUGCCCCCCUUCUAACCGGAAUUCUCUCCCCUAUUUAUGCAAGAACGAAGAAAAAUCCUACAAGACACUCAACUCAAUCAUCGCAACCGUUCGAUCUUCACCUCUACAUCCUCACCCUUCAACCAACCCGCCAAAAUUGACACAUUUUCUGGGGAUCUUGUCGCGAUCUUCGGACAGCCAGAGGCAUUGGAUUGGAGACCAGCAGCUUGGAGAACGGAGGGAUAAGAGAAGGGAAAUUCGAUGAGGCUCUGAUGUUUUUGGUUUAAUUUAAGAAAUCAUCUAUUAACUA